AUGGCAGACCAGAUCGCAUACAGACCGGACAUAGAAAUCGGACUACUCAUCGGUCGAAACGUCCCGGCGGCCUUCCAACCAACUGAAGUGAUAGCAGGAAGCCCUGAAGAGCCCUGGGCCGAGAAGUACAAGUUUGGUUGGACGGUAAUCGGUCGAGUGUGCAAAGACGGAGAUGGUGACGUGACAGCUCGUGUGAAUUGUGUGACGGUAGAGAGAGAAGUCCUACUCGAGCACAACGCUUCAAGCGAUACUACCGUACAGCCGCCCUUCGUCCGCACGACACCAUCCAAAGACAUGACAAGCCCGCAGCAAAUACGCCAAAUGAUGGAGCUUGACUACACAGAACUCCACCACGACCGAAGUAAACAAAGACAAGGAAAAACAGAAUCAAGAGAGGACAUACAGUUUAACAAUAUAAUGGAGAUAGGUCUACACAAGAACGAGAAUGGAAACUGGGAGGCACCCCUACCAUUCAGAGCAAACGAGGUACACCUACCAGACAACAAGAAGCACUGUCUACACAGGCUCCUCUCACUCAAACGGAAACUUCUUGGUAAUGACAAGCUUAGAAACGAUUACAUCGCCUUCAUGAAAAAGGUUAUUGACCGUGGUCACGCAAGUCGAGUCCCCGUCGACCAGUUGCGUACCUCCCCUGGCAAAGUGUGGUUUCUCCCCCACUUCAAUGUACAGCACCCUCGCAAGAAAGACCUCCGCGUGGUGUUCGACUGCAGUUCAGUAUACGAGAACGAGUCCCUAAACAAGAACUUAUUACAAGGACCCGACCAGCUGAACUCACUCAUCGGCGUCCUCAUGCGCUUCCGAAAAGAAGAAGUAGCCUUUACCUGUGACAUCGAGCAAAUGUUCCACAGUUUCUAUGUUAAUCCGGAGCACAGAGAUUUCCUGCGCUUCCUGUGGUUCGAAGACAGCGACUUAACCAAGCCAAUAGUAGAGUUCCGCAUGGACGUGCACCUGUUCGGCGCAGCAUCGUCGCCCGCGGUCGCAAACUACUGUCUUCACCAGACUGCAGAAACAGGCAGAGAAAAGCACGGAGAUGACGCAGCAGAGUUCGUACGCCGAAACUUCUACGUGGACGAUGGUCUCAAGUCCCUUCCCACAACAGAACAGGUUGUGCGCACUAUCAAAGCCACACAAGAAAUGUGCGCGGACGCGAACCUGCGACUCCAUAAAUUUGCCAGCAACAGUAAGGAAGUUUUAGAAGCACUACACCCUGAGGAUCGAGCCAAAGACCUCAAAGACCUAGACCUCAAUCACGACAGCCUACCAGUCCAAAGAUCGCUCGUUACUUACUGGUGUAUAGAGUCGGAUACACUAGGAUUUCGUAUCGAGCUAAGAGACAAGCCUCUUACAAGACGCGGUAUACUCUCCACCGUCAGUUCAGUGUACGACCCCUUAGGAGCCGUGUCCCCCGUCAUCCUUACCGGGAAGCAGAUUCUACAGGAGCUCUGCAGUACCCAUACAGACUGGGACGAGCCCCUCCCCGAAGACAUCCGACCACGCUGGGAAAAAUGGCGCACAGAGUUACCGCUUCUCGAGAACCUCAAGUUCCCCCGAUGUCUCAAGCCUCCUAACUUUGGCACUCUGACUUCUACUCAAGUCUGCAACUUCUCAGAUGCUUGCCACAACGGAAUCGGACAAGUCUCAUACCUACGCAUGGUUAACGAGAAAGGAGAAGUCCACGUAAGCUUUCUAAUGGCAAAGUCUCGAGUGGCACCCCUCAAACAAAUCACAAUACCCCGGCUGGAACUCACGGCAGCAGUAAUAUCCGUGAACGUUUCAAGCAUGGUCGAGCUUGAGCUAGACCUACAACCCACACCACAGCGCCUCUAUUACACCGACUCGGAAAUAGUCCUAGGCUACCUUAACAACGACGCUCGCCGUUUCCAUGUGUAUGUCGGCAAUCGUGUGCAGCACAGAGAUCAAAGCGAGCCAGAACAAUGGUACCACGUGCCAGGAAAAGAAAACCCAGCAGAUGAAGCAUCUAGAGGAAUGACAGCCGCACAACUUAUCGAAAAUAAGCGUUGGUUCAGCGGACCACAGUUCCUUUACGAGAACCCCACACCAAGCAACCAGAAGCCGUCAUCUCAGCUAGAUCCAGACGAUGCUGAGUUACGCAAAGAAGUCUCUGUCCUCUCAACUAGUACCACUAUGCAUACACAGUACUUAGAUACGAAGCACUUCUCACACUCGUCUUCUCUACUGCGCCUCAAGCACGCAAUCGUUCGCAUCCAACGGAUGAUAGAGAGACUACGCCCAAACAAGACACGCAACUGGCGACCGACAAAUGGCGCGUCUACAGUAAAGGAGCUAUGGGAAGCAGAGAAGUGUCUAUUCAAGACCGCACAAGCCACCACUUUUGAGAACGAAAUAGAUACACUGCAAAGAAUGAAAGGAAACAAUAGCAAGUUCGAAGAUCGCAAAAGCGCGCGCGAUCGCAACAACAUCAUCAAAGCCACCAGCAAUAUCUACAAGCUAGACCCGUUCAUAGACGACGAAGGUCUACUACGAGUUGGUGGUCGUCUGAGAAAUGCUGAAGAAGAAUACCAACUAAAGCACCCUCUUAUCCUACCAAAAGAUCAUCACGUGACUACUGCUAUGGACGGACAACACAAGUGCUUCGAGCGUCCCAUCCACAAGCUUAUCAUGCUAUUAGCAAGGGAAGAUUAG